AUGCCAGAGGCCAGGAGCUCCGGCCUGGACCUCACGCGAUGGAGGAAGCAGCAGCAGCCUGUGCGCCGCACCGUCAGCCAGGUCUGCCCGCCCCCGCGGCGGCCCCUGACCGUGGCGGACAUCCGUCCCGGCAUGGAGAACGAGCGGCUGGGGGUCGUGCGGGACUCCAUGUUUCAGAACCCGCUAAUCGUCAAGGCUGCUGGUCCGGACUCGUUGGGGACCUCUUAUUCUGUUGAUGACUCCUCAGCGGUGCAGAAAGUUAUUCCUUCCCUUGCUGGACACCACAUCAAAGGAGGCCCACAGGCUGAACUCGGCAAGCCCCGGGAAAGAAGCUACAGUCUGCCUGGCAUUAAUUUUAAUUAUGGACUCUACAUCCGAGGGCUUGAUGGAGGAGUCCCUGAAGCCAUCGGAAGCUGGAACGUGUUUAAGCAGCAGCCCACCUGCCCCCACGAGCUGACCCGGAAUUAUAUCGCAAUGAACCGUGGGGCGGUGAAAGCCAGCCUGGUGACUGCCCGGGAGAACUUGCUCUACCGUCAGCUCAACGACAUCCGCAUCAGUGACCAGGAUGACCGGCGCCUGAAGAAGGAGCCGCCCCCUCUCCCUCCAAACAUGACAUUUGGGAUCCAGGCACGGCCUUCCACACCCUUCUUUGAUCUGCUGCAGCACCGGUACCUGCAACUGUGGGUACAGGAACAAAAGGCCACCCAGAAAGCCAUCAAACUGGAGAAGAAGCAGAAGGUGGUCCUUGGGAAGCUGUAUGAGACCCGGAGCAGUCAGCUGAGGAAGUACAAGCCGCCUGUGAAGCUGGACACCUUGUGGCACAUGCCUCACUUCCAGAAGGUGGGCCGCCACCUUGAUACCUUCCCCACCGAAGCCGACCGCCAGAGAGCAUUAAAAGCCCACCGGGAAGAGUGUGCCGUGCGCCAGGGGACCCUGCGGAUGGGCAACUACACCCACCCCUAACCCCUCCCUCCCUGCCUUGAGAAGCCAUCUUGACAGAAUGGAAAAUUCCUAGAAGGACUCCCUAUCUUACCCCAACCCUGACAUUCCCCCAUUUUUAUGCGGGUUCUGCUUCAAGGAGCUCAGAUUCAAGUCUUAGGUGAAUUGGUUUCAGUAAAAGUCCCCCCUUUUAGGUUAGCCAGCAUUAGUCUCCACUUAGCCCCAGUGACCCUCUCUACCUGGAGCCUCCACCUCCUCCUCCUCCUUCUCCUAGGGCAGGCUGACCCUGCCUCUUCUCAAGCCCUCACCUGCCAAGACAAAACCAAAUUACAAGACAAUUUUUUAGACUCCAGGCUAAGGGUCGAUUCCAUGGCUCUGCCCAUUAAGUGUUAAGAACGACCUGUGUAUUUGCUGCAGAAAGCAUGACAGUGACGUGCUUUGAAAACCCUCAUUUUCUAUUCCAAACAUGAGUUUUAAUUGCUGUUUUUGGGAUGCCUGAUGUCUCAUCACGGCAGUAUUAUCUCUCUGGGACCUCUGACAGCAGGAAGAGCCAAUGGUUCAUUACUCGAGCCUGCCCCCGCCUCCUCAGUGCUGGGGCCCUGUCAAUCAAGCAGGCCAAGAUGGACUCCUCCCCCAGGACUGACUUUGGAAGGUCAACCCCCUCUGGAUAAAGAGAGCCUUCCGGGGCGAGGGGGUAGACUGCCGAACACAGGCUGCUGAACUUCUCAGCCGAAUUCCUGGGCACGUCCUCACUCAGUCUUUCUGUGCGUUCUUUGGCUUCUCUCUGCAAAUUUUAUGCUGAUCUAUUUGAAAUUAAAAAUGCUAUUUGUUAUCC